AUGAUGCGAAAGCUCGCACCUACUGGAACUGCUGCUGCUGAAAUUGAUGGUAUGACAAUUCACUCAUUUCUUGGUGAACAACGUAAUUCACGAAAACCACGCACCAUCAAACCAGGUGAUUCAAAACUUGAGAAAGAAUGGAGACUUGUUGAAUAUCUCAUAAUAGAUGAGAUGAGUAUGGUUGGUUUAACUUUACUUGGAAAACUCAACCGGAUUAUUUCUGCUGCCAAACAUGUCGAUCCUCAAAUUCCAUUUGGUGGUGUGAAUGUUAUCAUUUUCGGUGACUAUUUACAAUAUCGGCCUGUAUAUGAUGUACCCUUACACACCGAUUUUACAUUGUCUUCGAGAAAAAAGUCAAGUAAAUUACUUACAGAAAAAGAAAUCCAACAACGUAUUGCACGUUCCUUAAUUCUUCAAAUUAAUUGUGUGGUGAAACUUACUCAACAGAUGCGAACAGAAGAUUUGAAAUACCUUCAGCUGCUCGAGCGACUUCGUCAAGGACAAUGCACUUACGAUGAUUACGAAUUAUUACUGACACGUGUCGCUGGACAACCAUCGGUCGGAUCUCUAAAAGAACAUCCGUGGAAUAAAGCUCCUAUUCUUGUAUUUCGGAAUGAAGUACGAACACAACUGAACUACAAAGCAGCGGUUCAUAAUGCAAAACAACUGAAUCAUUCACUAAUGGUAUGUGUUGCUCAAGAUACUUGCAAAGGAAGAACAAUUGAAGAUCAAACACUCAUUAAAAAAUUAUUGGAAUUACCUGAUAGCAAGACAGAGCAUCUACCAGGUUUAUUACCGUUCGUUCCUGGAAUGCCUGUUGUUUUAACACAAAACAUUUCUAUUGCACUGGGCCUUAUCCAGCAAUGUCAAAGGUCCAAAAAAUGUCCACUUUACUUAAAGUCCGC